CUCAGGUGAGAUAGCAGGGAUGUAAUGCAUCUCUCUCAUACACAUUUCUCUUUGUGUUUCCACUGUUUAACUUUCAUUCGUUUUCUCUAAAAACAAACAAAAACUUCUUCAGAGGUCCGUUCAGGUGACGUUUACAUCAGUUCAGGGAUUAUAUAACGUCUUCAUUGCAAAAGUUAACGGACUUUCUCUGGAGCAGCAGGGAAGUUUAAUUUUUGAUUUUGGCAUCGCUUCUGCGCCUAGCAAGAUUGCGCAUAAAUCGCAGCGCGAGGCGCGCCCGGUGCUGUCGAGACUGGGCGUCAGAGCGCGGGUGAUCGCCACGGGCGUGCUGGGUGUUGUCAUGGUGCUGGUGCUGGUGAUUCUCAUCCCGGUGAUGGUCAGCGCGGCAGGAUCCGACGCGCGCUACGAGAUGCUCGGCGCGUGCCGCAUGGUGUGCGAUCCGUACGGAACAAAGUCUCCAUCACCAGAACCGGCGGACAACCGCUUAGUUCAGUCCCCACCAACUUUCAUCCGCGGUCCUAAAGGAGAGUCAGGGCGCUCAGGAAGGAUCGGUCCGAGGGGUCAGCCGGGUCCGCCCGGACCUCAAGGUCCCCCGGGGGUCAUAGGAGAACCAGGGCCACCUGGAUUACCCGGUCCGCCCGGAGUCACCGGUGUCAUAAGCGCAGCAACGUACAGCACCGUUCCCAAAAUCGCCUUCUACGCAGGACUCAAGAAGCAACACGAAGGCUACGAGGUGCUGAAGUUUGAUGAUGUGGUCACUAACUUGGGCAACCACUAUGACCCCUCGAGUGGUAAAUUCACCUGCUCCAUCCCUGGGAUCUACUUUUUCGUGUAUCACGUAUUAAUGAGAGGUGGUGACGGGACCAGCAUGUGGGCUGAUCUGUGCAAGAAUAAUCAGGUGCGUGCGAGUGCAAUAGCGCAGGAUGCAGAUCAGAACUACGACUAUGCCAGCAACAGUGUGAUAUUACACCUGGAGCCCGGAGAUGAGAUCUACAUUAAACUAGAUGGAGGCAAAGCGCACGGGGGAAACAACAACAAAUACAGCACGUUUUCAGGCUUCAUGGUCUACGCCGAUUAACGCCUGUGGCAUAGACUGCACUUUCAGAUGUACCUCAUUUUGACGUCACAGCGUAAUCAGAGUGAGGUCACAAAAAGUUUAAUGCUUAAGCUUGUGACAUCUCAUCCACGUCAGAGUGAAGGAUAAGCAACAGAUCGUCCAGUUGAGAACUGGAACUACUGAAUGAUCAUAGCAUCUCGAAGCAUGUGAACACCCUCUACACGCAAAUUAGUUUUUAGAGAAAUCACUGUGAUUUAGAAAAAAAAAUCUUACAGUGUAACACUGAUGAUUGUAGUAUAUUUAUUGAGAGAUUAAACAGCAGUGAAAGCAGAAAAUCGUUGACAUCAUUCCAUUCCAUACGUGCCUAUUGAAACUGACACAUGGCUGAUCUGAAGAGGCUGUUACAGAGCACCCGCCAUUAGCCCGGAAACAUAGUUGAGAUGACAUUUCUUUAAUAGUUUCUCAUUCUUCACACACACAAUGUCACAUUUAAACCACAAUUCUGUACUGUUUUAUAUCAAUGUUUUCAUUUAAAAAUAUUAUCACUGUCUGGUAUGUGCAGUGUCUUUGAACAAAUUGUGAAUAAAAUAUAUUGUAUGAUUUGCAUGUGUGUAUACAUUUCCUAUAAUACUAAAAUACCUACAUAUAUAGUGCAAUUACAGCAAUCACUAAAUGCAAUCCUAUGAAAUAUCUUUGACUUGAUUACUUUAAGUAUUGUCAUCCAUUUGAAAUUGUCUGCUUUAAAAACUACAAAUUACACUAUAUGCUACUGUAAAACGUCCUCACCUAUAUCCACAAAAAAUAAAAAUAAAAAGGGAAUCGGGUUUUGUAAGAAAAAUACACAUGCUAGAAAAAAAAAAAGAACAUUUUAAAGUGCCCCUAUUAUGUUUUUUUUUUUAAUAUUACCUUUCAUGCAUUGUGUAAUAUAGCUGUCUGUGAAUGCAAAAGGUCUGCUAAGUGCACGAUAAAUAAAGUUAUUGCCUCCUAAAAGAAAGUAUUGAUUCUAAACUGCCGAAAUGAGUCAUCAGCAAUUUAAGUCUCACUUCCUGAUACAUACCUACGUAACAAUGUAAUAAAUUUGCAUAAUGCCAGCCUACGGUCUUCAUUGGCUGUCUGCGAAUAACGUCUAUUUUGACCCACCCUCAAACACUGUAGUUGCACUGUAGGCCUGGAAGAGUUUGGUUCGUGCUGUUGACAUGUUGAGAAGACGCUGUUUUCAGCGAUUUGAUGCACUUCAAAAGGAUGAGGGCUCGCGCUGGAAUUGAUAAGGAAAAAACUACGCCAUCGUUACUGUUUGCAUCACUGUGUAUCAAGCACUGAGGAAGCAUCCGGAGCUGAAAUUCAUAUGGGCAAUGAGCAUUUUGUUUCCGACAUGCGCUAUAAGUAGUAGACCAAUCACAAUAGACUGGGCCAUCUGACAAAUCCGAGCAGAGUAAGUUCUCAGAAAGUAGGGGUUUAGAGAGAUUUUUUGAACAAACCAUUAUCAGACUCUUAUCUGACUCUUUAAGUAAUUAGUUGAUGUGCAAUUUAUAUUAUGAGAACAUUAAAGUGUUUUCUGACCUUUAAUGCAUGUAAAUCUAUCGUAGGAGACCUCCAAAACAAAAUUAGAAACAUUUAAAAGGUGGGGUCUAAUGCUAUUUCAUGCAUUCUGACUUAUUUACAAUGUUAAAGAGUUGGUUUCUCUUGCUAAACAUGGCCAAAGUUUCAAAAAACGAGUUGGAUGUAUGACGGAGCAUUUCUGUGCCAAAUACACUCCUUCAGAGUUCGUACAUGUUUCUGAAAGUGUUUUUUCGAGUAUGGGCCUAUAUUACGUAAUAAAGGGUGGAAUUCCUUGUAUGGGCACUUCUCCCGGAAGAGCACGUACGCACACAACGACCAGAGCGAGAGCAAGAGCACGCCCAUCAACGUGCUUCGUUCGGGUUACGGAAGUCAACGGCAGCGCUGCACAGGACUUGCUCGAGAAAGAAUUUAAUCACUUUGUUUUUAGACCACGAAAUCAACAAUGUCACCAAAGUGACAAACCACCGUUAAGUGGAGCUGAGAGAUUUGUGCUCACGCAUUACAUUGAUGUGCUCUCGAUAUCUGUCAUUAAAAUAACGUGGCUGCUCGAGCCCUCAGGAUCGGCGCUUAUGGUUUUAUAAACAAGGCCCAGUUCGACGCUGGAUUUACAGAUCGUUUGAAACUGAAAGAUGGAGCGGUCACAACGAUAAUGAUCCCGGUCAUGAGUCGGAACCGCAGGUGAUAAGUAAAACUGCAUCAAAUGUCUGUUUUGUUGGCAGCCGGCGCGUAAAUGCAUAUAAUGUAAACAACACGAACGUAUAAUGUAUCAAAAGUUAUCCAGGGAUAAUGCGAUGGUGUAUUGUGUGUGUGUUCAAAUACAUUUGUUUAGCUGACCAUUGAUAGCUUUGCUACGCAAACGCUGCGCGUGCUCGCCACUCUUUAGCUUUGCCCACGGCACGCCUCGAGGAGCUCGGCUGUUUUUGGAAAGACUCUGUACAGAAUAUCUUUCUUUUAUAAAUCUGAUAAAACUAAAGACUUUUCGGAGAUAUAAAAGGAUGCUAUACUACUCUAUAGGUACUGUGUGUGUUAUGUACCCUUUAAAAUAGCAUAAUAGCAGCACUUUAAUUUGAAAUAGAAGGAAACGGGAUAAGAUGUUUUGAUAUGCCGUCAUCUUAUAAGAACUGGACGACUCACAUGGCAUGUUUUUUUUUUUUUACCUUGCUGUUACACAGGAACAGAGCAAAUGACAGUGUAAUUAUUUUACUAGAGGAGUCACUGUGAGCAGCCACCUGCUCCAGAGAAACUCAUCUCUCUGUCCUACACAAUGACCUGUCAGAACGCACACCUUCCAAUUAUUAGAUGCGCUGUGAAACAUCAGGCUUGCCAAAGCGAACGUGUACGGCAAGCAGUCUUACUUUAGACAUACGGUCACAUUCAGUCACUUCAGUACUAAUAGUCAGUUGUUCCAAAGGGGCAGCUGUACAUUCAGCAUUUUAUUGCCAUUAAUUGGUUGAGACGUUUGCAGCUACACAAUAUAAGAAAGCACAUUUUGCACACUAUUACAAUGUGUGAUUGAUUAAAAAAAAUAAUUUUGCAGAGGCUAAUUUAAUUAGACCUUUGUUAGCACUAGUACCGUUUAUUAUUUUGUGCUCAUACACUUUUUUAUUUUUUUGGCUUAAUUGUGAUUUCCUGAGUUUAAUUAUUAGUCUAAUUACUUAAUUACAUUUUCUUUGUUAGUUCAUCAAAAAAAUAAAAAAAUAAUAAAAAAGAAAAGAAAAAAGAUGCAUUUAAGUAAAAAGCACCUAUUUCCAUGACUCAGAGCCAUGUUUUUAUUUUAACCACUUGUUUGUGGUGAGAGAACUUUAAUCAUUGAAGCCUGGGUAAUAUUUGAUUUGAAUAUCUGAACCUAUUAAGUCUAGUUAGUGUUAAAUCUAUGUGUGAUCUAUUGGUCCCAACUCUGCCAUCUUAUGUAGAUUAAUGUUCACCAAAAAAUGUUGACUCUUCAGAUCACCAAAGAAUUUAGCACCAAAAUCAACUGGACAGAAAUGUUCUUAAAGGGUUAGUUCACCCAAAAAUAAAAA